AGUGGUUUUUUAUUAUAUAAUGAUCAUACGCACAAUGAUUAUGACAUUUCGAUAUAAUUCCUAAUUUCUAUUUGGAAAUAUGUAUACAUAGUUGUCAUUUAACUUUUACAUGUUAACUAAAUUAUUAUUUAUUGCCAUUUCGCAAUAAUUAUCAUAUGUAUACAUUUAUGUAAUUCAUUCUGAUAAGAAGUCAUGACCUUGACAAUUACUUAUUAGUUUUUUUAAAAAUCGAACUAUAUAGUCAGUUAAUAGUGCGAAGCUGAAUAAAUUAAUUGAUUUUUAUUCUCGUGAACCCAUUAAUUUAAGAACUUAAUUAUUAUAUUAUGUUUUAUUUUUUAAUCGUGUCCUAUAAUUAAAUUGAAAUAAUCUUGAAAUAAAUAUAUUUAUUAUCGGGAAAUUUAUAAUUUCUUGAUACAUGUAAUUACAGGAAAUUAGUAAUUAAAAUUCCACAACAUGUCACAAUAUGAGGAUGUUAUUGUGGAAGAUAAAAGGAGUGAUGAUAGUGCGAUACCAGAAUCGGAGAUUCGGCAUAGAAUCCCAUGGAGUGAACGCGUGUUAUUAAACAGUGAAAUACCAGGCUUACAUGAAGUUAAAGAGCUAUUGGAAGAUGACGAUGCAAGCUGUUUAGCAGAAGAAGAAGAUGGAGUUGGUUGUCCAUUACCUUCAACUCCUGAAGAUGAUCAUCUUCUGGACUGUGAGAUGACAGAAGUGUUAAAAGCUGGUGUGUUAAGUGAUGAAAUUGAUCUUGGUGCAUUAGCACAUAAUGCUGCAGAACAAGCAGAAGAAUUUGUUCGUAAGGUUUGGGAAGCAUCCUGGAAGCAAUGUCAUUUCAGAAAUCUUCCAAAGUGGUUGCAGGAUAAUGAUUUCUUACAUGCUGGUCACAGACCACCUUUACCGUCUUUUUAUGCUUGUUUUAAAAGUAUAUUUCGAAUUCAUACAGAGACAGGAAAUAUUUGGACUCAUUUACUUGGAUGUGUGGCAUUUAUUGGCAUAGCUAUCUUCUUUAUAACACAACCUCCUAUAGAAAUACAAUUGGAAGAAAAAUUGGUAUUUGGUACCUUCUUUGCCGGUGCUAUUAUAUGUCUAGGAAUGUCAUUUGCCUUUCAUACUGUACACUGCCACAGUGAAUGUGUUGGAAAGUUGUUUUCAAAAUUAGAUUACUGUGGAAUAGCUAUGUUAAUUAUGGGUAGUUUUGUACCAUGGCUUUACUAUGGUUUUUACUGUGAUUACCAACCUAAGCUUAUUUAUUUAUCAGUAGUUGUAAUACUUGGUGUAACGAGUAUCGUCGUAUCAUUAUGGGAACGAUUUGGUGAACCAAGUUACAGACCAUUAAGGGCAGGCGUUUUUAUGGGAUUUGGUCUUAGUGGAGUAAUACCAGCAGUACAUUAUGCUAUUGCAGAGGGUUGGUUUAAGGCAAUUAGUCAGGCAUCUCUUGGAUGGUUAAUAUUAAUGGGAUGUUUGUAUAUAUUAGGUGCAAUGUUUUAUGCAUUAAGAGUACCUGAACGAUUUUUCCCUGGCAAGUUCGAUAUUUGGUUUCAGAGUCAUCAAAUCUUCCACGUGUUAGUAAUUGCAGCAGCUUUUGUUCAUUACCACGGAAUAACAGAGAUGGCUAUGUAUAGAAUGACAAUAGGAGAUUGUACAAAUCCAUCGCAGGUGAUGGCUUUUUAAUUAUGCAAUGAGCAUAUAAUAUCAUGUUGUUGGAUUUCACAUUAUGUACCUUUAUCGAGACUUAAAAAGAUUCCUAAAUCUUUGUAUGUUGGUAGAUCUGUACUACAAAAGAACUGCUGGAAACAAUAUCAUGAAAAUGAAUAACACAAGAUUUUCCUUCUAGUUCAUCAUAAUUAAAAAAGAAUUUUCAAGAAAAUUUACAAAGAUUUAAAUAAUGAAGUACAAUUUGUGAUAAUGAAGAUUAUUAAUAGUGAAUUCACAUUUAAUUAAAUGAAACUUUUUGCACUUUCGUAAUUUUGAAUUUAUGGAAAAUAUAGUUAACUUUGUAUUAAGUUCAACGUUUAAAACGUUUGUCAUAUUUACCAAAAAUUUCGGCAGUACAAAAUAACAAAUAAUAAUUAUUUACUCUUGUUGUUUCUUCCUUUAUGUGAAUAAUUUAUUUAAAUAAUGCAGUUUCCUUGUGCAAUGACUUCACUAUAUACAAAAUGAAUAUAAACUUAUAAAUAUAAUUUUAAUAACUGAUAACGACUGAUCUCUUGUUUCGUGCAGUUCUCUUACUUAUUGAAAACAAGUUGAAAAAAAUUGUACGAAAACGAAACAGAGUACAGAUAUAUGGCAACGAGCAAAACUUAAUAUAAUUAAGAUUUAGGAACUAAUUGCAAAUACAGAUGAUUUUAUAGUAUAAGCACUAUAAAAGUUAUAAUAUAUUUUGAACACUGUUAAAGCAAUGAAAACUAUUUAUUGUAACGAUUGUGUGUAAAUUAUAUAAAUUCAACUUUUUUGCGUCACACAUGGACAUAGAAAGUAAAACAUUAAUUUCUUUCAGUGUUUAUAUCUUCAAAAUUUAUUAUGUAUCAUAAUUUGUGUUUUGACUUUCUAUUCCCUAUAUUGAUCACAAGAAGAGUUUCCACUUUUUAAUAUUAGUAAAAUAACUUCUAUUGUCCCUUUUCUUGCUAAACUUUUCAAUUCAUAACUUUUUAUCUAUCUUUUCUAUGUAAAUCUACGUUUAUGUAAAAUAUACAUUUCAUUGCAGAUCUGUUGUUCUUUAGCAUAAAAAGUGUUGAAUACUUUUGUUAUUAUUGUAGGAUCUAGUACUAAUAUAAAGAGAUAUUGUUGAACUUUUUACAUAAAUAAUUCUUACUAUUGGUAAAUUAAUAAAGGAGGAAGUUAUGAAUUUCAUAUGUAAAAAGACAAUUAUCCUACUUUAUGUAAUUUCCCAAAAAUAUAUUUUUCUAAAUAAAUAUUGUAGUAUCAUUUGUGAACUAUUUAAA